AUGAAGCUCUUGUCCACGAAAGCAACGUGCAAUAAUCAUGGCCAAGAUUCCUCAUACUUCUUAGGAUGGCAGGAAUACGAGAAGAACCCUUACGAUGAGGUUCAUAACACCAAAGGGAUUAUUCAGAUGGGUCUUGCAGAGAAUCAGCUCUCCUUUGAUCUCAUAGAGUCAUGGCUCGAUAAGAACCCUGAUGUGGCAGGAUUCAAGCGAGAUGGCAAAUCCAUAUUCAGAGAACUAGCUCUCUUUCAAGACUACAAUGGCUUGCCUUCCUUCAAAAACGCAUUGGUAGAUUUCAUGGCUGAGAUUAGAGGAAACAAAGUCACAUUUGAUCCCAACCACAUCGUUCUCACAGCUGGUUCUACUUCUGCAAACGAAACCUUAAUGUUCUGUCUCGCAGAAGAAGGAGACGCAUUUCUCCUUCCAACUCCUUACUACCCAGGAUUUGAUAGAGACCUUAAGUGGAGAACUGGGGUGGAGAUCGUUCCAAUACAAUGCACAAGUUCUAAUAACUUUCAAAUUACGGAGCCUGCACUGCGACAAGCCUAUGAAGAGGCACGCAAGCGCAACCUAAGAGUGAAAGGCGUUUUGGUCACAAACCCGUCAAACCCAUUAGGCACAACAAUGUCAAAGAGUGAAUUGAACCUUCUCGUUGACUUUAUCAAAGACGAAAACGACAUGCAUUUGAUAAGCGACGAGAUAUACUCCGGCACCGUUUUUAGCUCCCCAGACUUCGUCAGCGUCAUGCAAAUCCUCAAGGAAAGAAACGACAUUAGGGAUUGUGACCAAGUUUGGAACAGAGUUCACGUUGUCUAUAGUCUCUCCAAAGACUUGGGUUUGCCGGGUUUCCGCGUGGGUGCCAUCUACUCCGAAAACGACGACGUCGUUGCGGCGGCGACCAAGAUGUCAAGCUUCGGCCUGGUCUCAUCGCAAACGCAGUACCUCCUCUCUGCCAUGCUAGGGGACAAAAAGUUCACCAAAAAAUACAUCGUUAAAAACCAAAAGAGGCUUAAACGACGACAGGGAAUGCUCGUUUCGGGGUUACAAAAAGCUGGUAUUAGUUGCCUAGAGAGCAAUGCGGGGUUGUUUUGCUGGGUUGACCUGAGACACCUUUUGCAUUCAAACACGUUUGAAGCUGAGAUGGAGCUGUGGAAGAAAAUAGUGUACAAAGUUGGGUUGAACAUUUCACCAGGGUCUUCGUGCCAUUGCGUUGAGCCAGGGUGGUUCCGUGUUUGUUUCGCCAACAUGUCCGUGGAGACUCUCAACUUGGCCAUGAAAAGGUUGAAAGCCUUCGUUGCAGAGUCCACCACUGCCAGCGUUGGUUGCACUCAGAGGAGUGCUCUGUUCAACGGAACUUCCAAGAGAAUGUCUCUUCCCAAGUGGGUUUUCCGGUUAUCGUCUCGCGAUCAUCGUGAACAAGAAGAACGGUAA